AUGGGCCAUUUAAUGAUCUUGUUAGUGCCACAUUGUAUCGUAAGAGUACUUUGUACGAUGAAAAGUCCAAUGUCAAGCCCACUAGACUGUCCAGAUGAGCAGGGCGGCCUCUCUCGCUGCCCCUCCAUAUCCCAAGAGAAACUCCUGGACCGAGUCAUCCAGCAUGCAGAGCUCAUCUACCGUGUCUCUGAAGAAUCGUGUUCUUUGUUUGAGGAUAUGUUCGUCCCAUUUCCACUCCGUCUCCAGAGGAACCAAGCGAGCUAUACAUGCAUCACCAAAGCCUUACCUAUCCCCAGCUCCAAAACGGAAAUCCAACAAAUAUCUGACAAAUGGCUGCUCCACUCUGUGCUGAUGCUGGUGCAGUCAUGGAUCGAGCCUUUGGUCUACCUGCAGAGCACCCUGGAUCAGUACGACAAUGCUCCAGAAGUACUGCUCAACAAAACCAAGUGGGUGUCUGAGAAACUAAUCAGUCUGGAACAAGGGGUGGUGGUCCUCAUCAGGAAGAUGUUGAGCGAGGAAAUGAUGACCGCAACCUACAGCGAGCAAGCUUUAUUCCAGUAUGAUGUGCAGCCAGAGAUGCUGGAAUCAGUCAUGAAGGACUACACUUUACUGAGCUGCUUUAAGAAAGACACUCAUAAGAUAGAGACCUUCCUCAAACUUCUCAAGUGUCGACAAACUGACAAAUACAACUGCGCAUGA